UAUCAACAGUUCAUAAAUUCCAAGGGGCUUUUGGAUAGUUUUUUAAAAAAUUGGUAUCAGAAAAAAUUUCACUUCCUAUUUUUUUUUUAAAGUAGCCUCACGAAUAUGUGAGGCUAACCGAUCACUACUAUGCUCAGUCAGUCACAGGGUGACAGGAAAAAAGGCAACACCAUAAAAGGGUGUCUGCACAGUGUCUCUUAAAGCAACAUGCCAAGCUGCACUGACUUCAGUUAGGGCAAAUACUAACUGCUGCUCAGAGACUGGGACAAGCUGCUGCUAUAGACUCUGACCACCACCAGUGAAUCCUGAAAUGGCCAACAAUUUUACUACACCCUCUACGACCCCUCAGGGAAAUGGCUGUGACCUUUACACACACCACACCACUGCCAGGAUAUUGAUGCCUCUUCAUUACAGUCUCGUCUUCAUCAUUGGGCUGGUGGGAAACUUGUUGGCCUUGGUUGUCAUUGUUCAAAAUAGGAAAAAAAUCAACUCUACCACCCUUUAUUCAACAAACUUGGUGAUUUCUGACAUCCUUUUUACCACGGCUUUGCCUACACGGAUAGCCUACUAUGCGCUGGGCUUUGACUGGAGAAUGGGCGACGCCUUGUGCCGGAUGACCGCGCUUGUGUUCUACAUCAACACGUAUGCAGGUGUGAACUUCAUGACCUGCCUAAGCAUUGACCGCUUCUUUGCUGUGGUGCAUCCCCUACGCUACAACAAGAUGAAAAGAGUUGAAUAUGCAAAAGGUGUUUGCAUAUUUGUCUGGGUCCUAGUGUUUGCUCAAACACUCCCACUACUCAUCAACCCCAUGUCUAAGAAGGAGGUGGAAAGGACUACGUGCAUGGAAUAUCCAAAUUUUGAAGACAUAGACUCACUCCCCUGGAUUCUGCUUGGUGCGUGUUUCAUAGGCUAUGUGUUUCCGCUCGUCAUCAUUCUCAUCUGCUAUUCUCAGAUCUGUUGCAAACUCUUUAGAACUGCCAAACAAAACCCUCUAAGUGAGAAAUCUGGUGUAAACAAAAAGGCUCUAAACACAAUUAUUUUUAUUAUUGUUGUAUUUGUUCUCUGCUUCACACCUUACCAUGUUGCAAUUAUUCAACACAUGAUUAAGAAGCUUCAUUUUCAUGAUGUCCUAGAAUGCAGUCAAAAACAUUCAUUCCAGAUUUCUCUGCACUUCACAGUAUGCUUGAUGAACUUUAACUGCUGCAUGGACCCUUUUAUAUAUUUCUUUGCAUGUAAAGGGUACAAGCGGAAGGUCAUGAAGAUGCUGAAACGUCAAGUCAGCAUAUCGAUUUCCAGUGCUGUGAGGUCCGCCCCUGAAGAAAACUCACGUGAGAUGACAGAGUCCCAGAUGAUGAUACACUCCAAGACUUCAAAUGGAAAGUAAAAAGGACUAUCUUGGACUUAAUGUGAACUAGACAACCAACUCUGCAGGGCUUCUGAGGCAAAUGAUCAUUCAAGUUCCAACUGGGAUUCCUUUCAAUUCUUUUCACUGGGCGCUAUUUCUGAUGGUCAGUGUGAAAGUAAACUGACUGAUACAUCAACUCAAGAGAACAUAAAGCAAGUUCUAAUUCAUAAGUAAUAUAUCAACAGGGAAGCUGUCUUUUUUUACUUACUUUUUUGUGGUACUGGUGACUGAACCCAGGGCCUUGCACUGAGCUACAUCCACUCCUUUUUUAUUUUUAUUUUUUAAAUUUUGAGACAGAGUCUUGCUAAGUCACUCAGGUUAGUGAUCCUCCUGCCUCAGUCUCCCCAAGGGCUGGGAUUACAGUGAUGUGCUGCCAUGUCUAGCUAGGAAGCUGUCUUAAUCACUCAAUAUAAAAGGAAAGGUUUGUGUUAAAAGAACUCAAUCAUUACUGCCAAUUUCCUGCCAAUAGUCUGGCAAAGGAGAAAAGACUGAUUAGACUGUAUAUUGCCAGUGUAAAAAUGUUAAUAUUGUACAGAAUUUUUGAUAAUGUAUUUCUUAAAUCUACUAUUCUUUCUACCUUAGAUUUUACUCAAUAACA